UUCUUGCAUUGCCACUUCAUAGGUGAUACUCACUCAGAUUUCUCUAGGAUUAUAAAAGGAAUACACAAAAAUACAAAAUGGUAUACAACUACACAAAACCUCGCGGUCCCAUCGCGGCUAUGUACAGCAGCCCUGGGCCAUGUUAUGGAUUACCUGGACUUGUGGGACAGAACACCCACGACCCUAGGAGUGUCCAUUCCAAGAAGCCAGCAUACCCAUUUGGAGUUCGUCACGGAAAAUUCAAGGAUGAGUGCUCUCCAGGACCUUGCUAUUUCCCCAACCCCAAAACAUACCGUGACGGAAAUGAUGGUACCCCACAUUACUCACUCUAUGCCCGUCAAAAGGAUAUGGCCAAUUUCAAGCCACCAGGCCCAGGAGCUUACUCCCCCGAGAAAGUCGGACCAUCAGCACACAAACACCACCCCGAAUACAGUUUCGGAACACGCCACAGACACAGGAAAUCAGACAACACACCAGCUGCCAAUAGUUACUCACUCCCCCAUAUGUUAGGCUCAACUAAGCAGAGUGGCAAACGACAAGCCCCAUGCUAUUCUCUCACUGGUAGAAGCAAAACUGGUUCAUUCCACGAAGAUAUGCAAAGAACUCCAGGACCCGGAACAUAUAACACCACCACUCCACAAACUUAUAAAGACAAGGCACCUCUAUACAGUAUGACCUCAAGAAACCCCAUGCCAGGGGAUGGUACACAAAAACCAGGCCCAGGAGCACAUUCACCAGAAAAGACAUUAUAUGCAACAAAAAGAAAUGCGCCAGCAGCAACAUUUGGAAUUCGCCAUUCACAAUACACCGCUCCUUUAAUCGUUGAGCCAGUCGAUUAGCCAAUCCUAUAAUUUAUUACAAAACGUCCGUGUUAACAAAACUGAGCGUCCACAUUACUCAUUUGGUAUCCGCCAUAGUGAAUAUACAGCUCCUUUAAUCGUUGAUGUACAGGAUUAGAGCAUUAUCAGCCAUAGUUAGAACAAUGUGGACAAAAGUCUGGGGGACGAUAAUUCCUCCACCCUACUCCCGAAGCCAGCUCUCUUAUAUGGAAAAACAAUUUCGAUUUUCUGACUUUUUCGAUAACUUAUAAAAUAGGACUCUGUGUUUUCAAUUCUGGAGGCUGUUAAACAGUUAUUAUAAGAGAGUGGUUGAUUAAACCAUGCAAUAAGGAGUAAGGGGAAAUAGAAGGGAUCAUUCCUGUCAUGACUAACACAUUCUCCGUUAUGAUAAUCGAACAGCAUAAUGGAGGAUGAUACAAAAAACAGCUAGGAAAAUCCAAAGAAUUAUUUUUAUAAAUAUGUACAUUUGUAAAUAAUUGUAAUAUAUUUGUAAAUUGUACAAAUUCAUAAUCAUGAUAUUAAUAUUUCAUUAAUGUUCAUUUCAACAGUACACAUGUCAAAAUUGUGAUGUGUUUCUAGAAUGUGAUACUAGCUAUUGUCAAUCAAGAGGGAAGAAUAUUUCCUCCAUUUUACUGCUGUAUUCAGUUGUAUUUUUUACAUUUACACACAGCAUUUUAACAGUUUGUGAUGUUACACUGUCUAUAAAAGGCAUUAUAAAGAUGUAUGAUGCUAAAGCAGAAUCAGUAUUCAAGAAGAGCAAAUAAACGCCUGAGAAGGCAUUUUGUAUGAAACAUA